AUGGGUUCUCAUGGUAAGAGCAAGAGAGAUGGACAUGGAAGGCAGAAGAAGAAACAAAGAGGAGAAUCCAAUAAUUCAUCAUUGGGAGAAAUAAGAGAGUAUAUGGCCAAAAGAGCUCUGAAGAAGGCAUUAAGUGCAUCAAAGAAACUGAAGAAGUCGUCAGUGUCAGGUUAUUCCAAUGAUUCAAACCCUUUUGGGGAUUCGAACCUCACCGAGGCAUUCGUGUGGAGGAAGAAGAUUGAAAAAGAUGUUAACCAUGGAGCUUCUCUGGAUGAAUUCUCUGUUAAAGCUGGGAGGAGAAGACUUAUGGAGACGAUGGCAGAGGUUGAAAAGGCUAAGAAGAGGAGAGAGGAGAGUGCAGUGGAGAAAGCUCGACAUGAGGAAGAUAUGGCGUUAUUGGCUAGAGAACGUUCUCGAGCUGAGUUUCAAUAUUGGGAGAAGAAAGAAGAAGAGUUCAAUUUCUAUCAAAGCAAGAUGAGGUCAGCGAUUAGAUUAGAUAAAGGUCGAGCCAAGCCAAUAGACGUCCUCUACAAGUAUGUGGAUGAUUCAGGUGAUAUGAAUAUCGAGCUUAGUGAACCUUACAUGGUUUUCAAAGGACUUGACGUUAAAGAUAUGGAAGAGCUUCGUGAUGAUAUCAAAAUGUACUUGGAUUGGGACCGAGCAACUCCAACACGGGUACAGUAUUGGGAGGCGCUUAGCGUGAUAUGUGAUUGGGAGUUAGGAGAAGCUCGUAAAAGGGAUGCCCCUGACCGAGCAAGAAUUAGGGAGGAGAAGGAAUUGCUUGUUGCUCAAGAAAGACGACUACACGCUGGUGUUGAAGCUGAUGUGAGGAAACUUCUUGUUGGGAAGACCCACGAGGAGCUUGUACAACUUCAGUUUGACAUAGAAUCGCAGCUGCGUUCUGGAGCAGCCAAAGUAGUGGAGUAUUGGGAAGCGGUUCUUGAACGCCUAGAUAUAUACAAGGCAAAGGCUUGCUUGAAGGAAAUAAACUCUGAGAUACUCAGGAGACAUCAACACCGCCUCGAGCAACUUUCAGAUGUACAAGAAAAUCGUGUGUUGGGAGAGAAUGAGGAUGAGGUUAACGACAUGAUGAAUCUUUCAGAUGAUGAAGAAACAUUCUCACCACAAGAGGCUGGCUCAUUCUCACCAGAGCUCUUUCACGGUGAUGAUAGUGAAGAAACCAUCGAUCCUGAUGAAGACAAGACUCUACUAGAGAUGGAACGGAUGGUUGUGUUGAAGGAACAGAGGAAGAAGCGGCUUAGAGAAGCAAUGAACUCAAAUACAGCAAAUGUAGAAGAUAACUUGGAGCUUAAGGCAAUGAAAACAAUGGGAGAAACGGAGGAAGGUGAUGUUUUAUUUGGAUCGAACGCUGAAGUGAAUCUUGAUUCCAAGGUAUACAAGUGGCAUGACAAGUACCGGCCAAGAAAACCCAAGUAUUUCAACCGAGUUCACACGGGUUACGAGUGGAAUAAGUAUAACCAAACACACUAUGAUCACAAUAACCCGCCUCCAAAAUUUGUUCAAGGGUACAAGUUUAACAUCUUCUAUCCGGAUUUAGUAGACAAGACUAAGGUUCCCACUUGUACUAUAGAGAAAGAUGGGACAAGCUCUGAAACUUGUAUAAUCCGGUUUGAAGCUGGUCCGCCUUAUGAAGACAUUGCGUUCCGGAUUGUGAAUAACGAAUGGGAGAAAUCUCAUAAGAAAGGUUACAAAUACACGUUUGAGCAUGGGAUUCUGCAUUUGUACUUCAAUUUUAAACGACAUCGUUACAGACGAUAA